AAACUGUGAAACAUGGUGCUAAGGAUGCCGAGCGACAGUGAAAACCGGUAAAACACGGGCUUUGUUCCAGCGUGGUCAUGUCAUCCUGUCCAAUCAGCAUCAGCAUUCAUGGAGAGGAACCAAUAACUGAGGAUGGGAGUUCCCAAGGUGCCACGCCCUAUCAGCACCCAGGGCCGGGAGCAAUGGGUAGCAGAGAACUGGGGUCUUUCUCCACUCUGGACCUCAUCAGCAGCUGUGAGGGGUGCAAGACUGAGACCCAGUCCCCGAAAACCUGUGGGGUGCAGAGUGUGCCCAAUGCACCAGUGCCCACGAGAGACGGGAGGUGGAGGGUGAUGUCACUCUUCAUUAACGUCUCCAAAGUUCCCGUACUCCUCCUCCUUCUCUACACGUUUGUCUGUUCCCUGGACGUUCUCAGCUCAGCUUUCCAGUUGGCUGGUGGCAAGGUGGCGGGAGACAUCUUCAAGGACAAUGCCAUCCUGUCCAAUCCAGUAGCAGGGCUGGUGGUUGGUAUCCUAGUGACGGUCCUGGUCCAGAGCUCCAGCACCUCAACGUCGAUUGUCGUCAGUCUGGUGUCCUCUGGAUUGCUGGAUGUGAAUUCUGCUGUCCCAAUAAUUAUGGGCUCCAACAUUGGGACAUCUGUCACCAACACCAUUGUGGCUCUAAUGCAAGCGGGAGAGCGAGACGAGUUCAGACGGGCCUUUGCCGGGGCAACGGUGCAUGACUGCUUCAACUGGCUUUCGGUCCUGGUGCUGCUGCCCCUGGAGGCGGCCACUGGCCUGCUUGGCCGUCUGGCUCGGGCUGUGGUCAGGAGCUUCCGCAUCCGGGGUGGGGAAGACGCCCCAGACCUGCUGAAGGUCAUCACCGAACCGUUCACCAGACUCAUCAUCCAGCUGGACAAGUCAGUCAUCACAGCCAUUGCUACGGGAGACAUAAUCAUGCGAAACCAGAGUCUGAUCAAAGUGUGGUGCAAGACCAGUCUGAUCACAUCCUCAGUGAACAUUUCUGUUGAUGGUCCUGAAAACUGCACCACUGCAUACGACUGCUGGCAAGAGGGUGGCAGCGUUUGGACCGCACAGAACCUGACCCAUCAAGUCAACAUCCAAAAAUGUAGCCACCUGUUCGUGGACUCCCCUAUGUCAGACCUGGCGGUGGGGCUCCUCUUGCUCGGCACCUCCCUGCUGACCCUCUGCUCCUGCCUGGUGCUGCUUGUCAAGCUGCUGAACUCCCUCCUCAAGGGUCAGGUGGCAAAGGUCAUCCAGAAGGUCAUCAACACAGACUUCUCUUACCCCUUUGCCUGGCUGGCGGGGUACUUGGCCAUUCUGGUGGGGGCUGGGAUGACCUUUGUAGUCCAGAGCAGCUCAGUUUUCACCUCUGCCAUCACUCCCCUGAUUGGUAUCGGUGUAAUCAGCAUCGAGCGGGCCUACCCCCUCACUCUGGGGUCCAACAUCGGCACGACCACCACCGCCAUCCUCGCCGCCCUGGCCAGCCCCGGGGAGAAGCUGGCUCCCGCGUUCCAGGUGGCACUGUGCCACUUCUUCUUCAACAUCCUGGGCAUCCUGCUGUGGUACCCGGUGCCGGCGACGCGACUCCCGAUCCGCAUGGCGAAGGCGCUGGGCGAGUGGACGGCCCGGUACCGCUGGUUCGCCGUGCUCUACCUGCUGGUCUGCUUCCUGCUGCUCCCGUCCGUGGUGUUCGGCCUGUCCGCGCUGGGCUGGCGGGCCACGGCGGGCGUGGGGGCGCCCUGUGGCGCCGCCCUGCUGUUCGUCCUGGCCGUGAACUGGCUGCAGUCCCGCAGGCCCCGCCUCCUCCCCCGCCGGCUGCGCACCUGGGACUUCCUGCCUCUCUGGGCGCGCUCCCUCCGGCCACUCGACGCCCUCAUUGCCAGGGCGACGCUGAAAUGCCACGCCUGCACGGAUGACCCCUGCCCUUCCCCCAGCACGCCUCAGCGCACCCCAGAAUUGACCGUGACCCAAAUCAAGCCCCACUCGCCUUGUGAUAACGCCGCUUCCUCUUACCUGGACGAGAGCCCUGCCUCCUGCUCACCAGACAAGAGCGUUCGCCUUUAAUAUGGGGUCAUCCUGUUACUUAGUGAUAUUUCGACAUACAGUUUUUUUAUUUUAGCUUUUGGUCCUUAUGUGCAGUGAAUGUUUUGUGUGUUGUGUAGUGCAACUUUCCCUUAGAAUGUUCUACUUUCAGCAGAGUAUUUACUGCACUAGCUUGUGUUGCCCUGGGAACCGUAGCCCUGGUGAACAUACAACAAAUAAAAACAUUUUCUAUAAAACAAAAGCAAUCGUGUGAUGGCGCUUCACAUCACUUCCCAUUAUUUUACAUGACAUUUAUAUGUAAAGUUCCAGAGCCACUCAUAACAAAAGAACAGAUGUGCAUCCACCAAAAUUAUAUGAGUAACAGUGCUAAAGCUAACACUUAUACCGAUGAGUGCCAGACCUAUGAUUGUAAAUGCAACAUCAAUGAAACCCUAUGGGUAAGCAACCAUAUGCCAAUAAGUGUAAAGCAUGUUUUACAAUCCUGAAUCCUAAAAUAACAGGUGGCCUCUAAAGACAGGUGGGCUGUUGUGUAAAAAUUUUUGGGGAAAGUUUUGUGGCUGCAUCCUGCACCAUUAUAAAGUGGGCCUUGGAGACAAACACGAUCAGAAACACAAAUGCACAACAACAACAAAAAUGUCUCUGCUGAGUGCUUGUUUCUCUGAUCUCAUCCAGUGGAAAAAAACUAGAUGGAGCAGUGGGAUCCUUUUUUAGGGUUUUCACACAGCUAUGCGUAGCCGUGGGCUAAGAGCACUCUAUAAUGUUCAUAACUGCAAGCUAAAGGGCCUCUGAGCCCCAGGCUUAGCUUUGUUCCACACCUACAUCCUCUGAAAGAGGAGAGCGCUAGCCCUAGUCUGCGGCUAUCCUUUCCCAUGCAGCUUCAGAGCAGGCUUAACUCCAAAGAGAAUGCGUAACUCAGGAGAUGAUUGAUAGCUUUGUCGGUUCGCGCAGAGGUGAAGAAAGGUGGUGUGAAUGUUUCGCACGUGUACCCCGAAGGGCUGUGCUGGACAAACACGACACGUGGCCAUAUGCGUGCCCUGCCGUGUGACAACAGACGUGUUCGGAAGAAUUAUUAUACGGUGUGUGCACGGGUCUUGCAUGUCAUGCUUUUUGCAGGUAACAGACGCUUUCGAGCAGAGAUUGUGUAUGUGUACGAAAACACUCUCCCUUUUGUAAAACAUUUUCCCAGAACACAGGCCUGAUAAUAUACAAAUGAAAGUGCAAGACAAAUAUAGAAGUGCAUCAUAAACGCUCUAGAUUAUCAAGAUACAAGUUACAUGAAGGUCAUAUGAGAUUGAGGGUAACCAUGUGCGGGAGUAGAAAGAAAGUUUGCAACAAGGAUGGGAUUCUUACCCACGCGUGCAGAGCACAAUGGAUUAGCAGUCCAUCGCCUUAACCACUCGGCCACCUCGUCACAAUAAACUGCUGCGUGAAACAAUUGGGUCUGGAAAGGAAGUAUUGCAAUACUAUUGCACAUGAUAUACCAUAUCAUACACAUCAGAAUACAAGUAAAAUGUACAGUCCAUCCAAAAACCUGACAGCAUGACAGCAUACAGCUUCCUAUGUGGUAUCAGCAUUUGGCUGCUUGAAAAAGGUCUGCCAGUCUUUUUAUCUGUUUUGUAUUAUCAGCAAUGAUUUCUCUAUUUUAAACAGUUUGUCACAAGUGCACGUCAUGCAUGUCAUGCUUUUUGCAGGUAACACACACUUUCGUGCACAGAUUGUGUGUGCGUACGAAAACACUCAAUUUUCCCUUUGUAAAUAUUAGCCCGAGGCUAAGAUUAAAAAUGUGCAGUGUCAAAAACCCUUUAGAUACCCACAAGGAAGUAAAAACAUAAUAAUAAUAAAAGAGCUCUAUAUUAUGCAACAGUCAGAAAUGUAUGCUCUAUAUUACAAAAUAAAUAUAUUUAUCAAUUCCCCUUA